AUGCUGAGCGGGUUUUUUAUAUUCAACGUGAAGGGAGAAGUGCUGAUAUCGCGACUGUAUCGGCCUGACGUAAAGCGUUCUGUUGCAGAUGUCUUCCGAAUCCAAGUGGUAUCCUCUACCGAUGUCCGCUCGCCCAUUACCACACUCGGAAGCAUGUCAUUCUUCCACGUUCGACACGAAAACAUGUACCUUGUAGGCGUAACGAAGAUUAACGCCAAUGCUGCGCUGGUGUUUGAGUUUUUGUACAAAGUCGUCAACCUGGGACGAAGUUAUUUUGGAAAGUUCGAUGAAGACGCCGUGAAGAGCAAUUUCACUUUGAUAUAUGAGUUGUUGGAUGAGAUAUGCGACUUUGGAUUCCCCCAAAACACGGAGGCUGAAACGCUCAAACUCUAUAUAACAACGGAAGGCGUGCGAUCAGAGAAAGCAAUGAAGGAGGAGGGGUCAAAGAUUGCCAUCCAGGCGACAGGCGCGGUGGCAUGGCGCAGGCCAGAUAUAAAAUACCGAAAGAACGAGGCCUUCGUUGAUGUGGUGGAAAGUGUUAAUCUCUUGAUGAGUGCAAAAGGAACUGUACUUCGAGCAGACGUUUCAGGCCAAAUUUUGAUGCGAGCAUAUCUGUCUGGGAUGCCAGAGUGCAAGUUUGGUCUUAAUGACAAGGUCUUGCUGGAAAAGGAAGGAAAGCUUGGUACCGCUACUGCAGCGAUGCCAGGAGGCGGAAAACGAUCUACCGGAGCGGUAGAGCUCGAUGAUUGUCAAUUCCAUCAAUGUGUCAAGCUUGGAAAUUUUGAAAGGGAUAGGACGAUAAACUUCAUCCCGCCAGAUGGCGAGUGCGAAUUGAUGAAGUAUCGAACCACCGAGAACAUUAACCUACCAUUCCGAGUGCAUGCAGUAGUAGUGGAACUGUCAAAGAAUCGCAUGGAAUUCAAAGUAUCAGUGCGAUCCCAAUUCACGGGCAAAAUAUUUGCGCAGAACGUGCAGCUCAAAAUACCAGUGCCGACAAAUACCAGUGGAGCAAAGUGCUUGGUAACUGCUGGAAAGGCAAAAUACGUCGGGAGCGAAAAUGCGCUCGUUUGGAAAAUAUCACGAUUCCAAGGGCAACAAGAAUACCUACUCAGCGCGGAAGCCGAACUGACUCCAACUACUAAUAAGAAGGCAUGGUCGCGGCCACCGAUCUCGAUGGACUUUCAGGUCUUGAUGUUCACGGCUUCCGGCCUCAUGGUUCGGUUCUUGAAAAUAUUCGAAAAGAGCAAUUACCCAAGUGUGAAAUGGAAUACAGUGACACUAACGCCCGCCCUGCACCGUAGUUUUAAGAUCUUGCGGUUGGUACUGCAAUAUACAGUCGUACCCCAGCCGGGCUAUGUACGGUACUAUUGUGUCAUCACAGUAGGCGUUAUUGGAAAAUCGUAG